UUCACCUGGAGCCCAUGGAGGAGGGUCAGUGCACACUUUACAAACCGCAAUUGUGAUUCAGUAUCAAAAAUCAGGCAGGAUGCUCUUUUACUGUUUGUUUUCUUCACUUCUAAGUUGUAGUUACUUGUACAAUGUCAAUACGAGUAAUGUACCUAUUACAUGUUGAAGGAAAAUCUGAGUCAAUUGGAAGAGUAGUCAUCCUACAAUCAGAAAGUUGUGGGUUUGAUUCCAUUUUUGUCUUGUUACAUAUUGUGAGUUAACCCCAAGUUGCCAUUAUGGAGCUUUUUAGUUUGUUGACAACUUUUAAAGACAAAUUCACAGUUCUGUAAAAGGAAAGUUGUUUUUCUUUGCCUAGUCAUCUAAAACAAAAACAAAACAAAAUAGAAGAGGCUUGAUCUCACUAAAUAUAAAAUCAAUUGAAACCAACUUUCCCUUAUGUCACAUUUUUGAACAGCUUAACUUCACUUCUUACACCCAGUCAAGAACUCACUCAAGUACCUGUCUGACAAUAUGAAGUAGGUGUGAUCUAAAUUCAACGGAUGGGAAACAAAGUCGCUGAUGUUUAUUGAUCUGAAAAGGUUGACGAAGCCGUUUCUAGGGGUUGGCUUUCACUGGACUGACGAGACAAAGUGCAACCUUUUGAAGGGUGUUUCAGACGAAUAUCACACUGAUAAUGAAACAUUGUGGUGGCAAUGUGACAAUCUGGACCUGCUUUGCUGAUUGAAGGAUAUAUUCUGCUCUCCUAUAGCGAGAAUCCCUAAUGAGAAUGUUUGGUCCUCUGUGACCUUCAAGUCAAACAAAUUUCUGUUAUGUACUAGGAUAAAGAUUCAAAGCACAUCAGGUCCACUUCUGACUGAAUGCCUCAAAUUGAACUUAAAGGACUGCUCAGGGUCAGGACUUCAAUCUUGUUGAAAUACCGUGGCGUGACCUUGCUUUCUCUAAAGGGAUUAUUUUUUUGUCCCCUUGUUUGAAAACCCCCUUCCCCACCAUUUUUCAAACACCAGAGCUCAAUGAAACAGUGUUUUGUACCAAUGACCACAUGGACGUCAUUAUUCCAAGUGCUUUCUUCCUCAACAAGGUGCCUCCAGUUGAUGUCGAUGAUUUGCACCUAAAUGAUCCAGAAUGCAGAGGAGAGGAAAUCGGGGACAACUUCGUUUUUAGCAUCAGGACGAAUCUCUCAGACUGCGGGACCAUAAUGGUCUUCGAUGACACACACAUCAUGUUCAUCAACACCAUACACAAUAACUAUUCAGACAUCAUCACAAGAAACUACAUAAACAUCACGUUCGUGUGCCGCUACCCCAUAAACUACAUGGUCCAACAACCCAACAGCCAAAACGUGAUCCGAGUGGACGUCCGAAGCAUCACCCUGAACACUGAGGACGGGAAUUUCUCAGUGUCAAUGCUGCUGUACAAAGACGAAGCCUUUGAGGACACGUGGACAACUGUGCCAUCCCUGACCCUGGAUGAAAACAUCUUUGCCAAAGUUUUUAUGAUACCGGCUCACUUGAUGCUCCGUUUGGAGAGAUGCUGGGCCACACCCACCAGCGAUCCAUACGGCAACAUUCAGUACACCUUCAUCAGAGACAGUUGUCCAGUGUUGGCCAACAAACAGACUCUCAGUGUCCUGAAGAACGGCGAAGGUCCAGAGGCCAUGUUCAGGAUACAGAUGUUUAAGUUUGUCGGCAGCUCUUACGCUUACAUCUUCCUGCACUGCAAUGUCCAGAUCUGCCACAGCAGCCUGAGUGUGUGUAAGCCUAACUGUACCACCGAAGACGGACAGAUGAGGACGCGGAGAGACGCCCCACUGUCCCACACCGUGUCCUAUGGCCCAAUCAGACGACUGCUCACCGCCAGUGAAAAACCCAAUCUAAAUCCCAGCAGUUUCCCUCCGGUGGAGACUCUUGUCCUGGGAGGUUUGCUGGUCGUCUUGCUGCUCAUCACUGGGGUGUUCGGGAGGCUGUGGCUUCGCUCCAGGCGUUUCUACCCACCACAGGAGGCACAGCUCACCCUAUCUAACAUUCACCACAUCUCAGAGGUGGCUUCAUGAAGUGAAGCUUUUAUAGCACUGACAAAUGGACAUAAACCUCACAUAUACAGAUGUGAUUGC